AUGGAUCCUGUGCCGGAUGCAGAUGUUUCCGGGAUUGAUAUCUCGGAGGAGGAAGGACCUUCGCCUUCAGUGAUUCCGUUGCCCAAUUUUGGGUACCAGGGAGUCGAGAUCGACAACGUUCUGCCAGAUCGAACCUCUACAGGACGGGACAUUCCGACGAUAGACUCGUCGUCUGCCUCCGACGAUCGUGAGGACACUUCAGAAGUUUCAUCGGACAGUGAUCGAUCGAUUGCAGGCACAGCGAAUGCACCAAAGCUCACUUCGCGAGGUAUUGCUCGUGCCAAGAAUGCUGCUAAAGUUCCUGAGGGAUCAGUGGGGCAAGUUUUGCAGCAGAGGUUCAACAGGACAUGGCAGAUCGUGCUGUUGCAAUGGCGACCGCUCGCACUCCUGCACAGGACAGUGGGUGGAGCAGUCAGUGUCAAGCUCAAGAGUUGGCAGGGCUUGGAGAUCUUUGAGGUGCCGUUACAUCGAGUGGUCUCAGGGGGCACUUCUAAUUGGGCGCUACGUCAGAUCGCUCAUGGUCGUGCCGUGCAUUGGGAGAACUUUCGAUCCAAACAGGAGGGAGUGUUUGCUGGGGUCUUAAUGAGGGCACUUCGCUCUGAACAAGCAGAACAGGAGGGCACCGAUUUUGUUACCAUUCUGAAUGCUACUCAGAAGAAGUUGUUUCCAUCGUCGGAGCUUCAAGAUUGGUCGGCUCGCUACAAGACAAUCCAGAAAUUGGCCGAGGACCUGGUGAAGGACUUUCGUAAGCAUGCACCAGUUCAGACCAAUCAGACUUUGUUGCAGCGGCUUCACGCUCUUGAGACCGAGAAUGCUCGUUUGAAGGGUAAGCCACAUCGUUCAGCGCAACCGGCUCUUCCUCGCCGCAGGGGCGCUCCCGCUUCAGGAUCCAAGAAGACGGAGCCCAGGAGUCCCAUGGAUUUCGGCGCAGAGGACCUUGCGGGUGGGGGUGAUGGCGAAGAAACCGCCAUGUUCAGAUCACCUGCCGAAGACCUUUUCGAAGAAGACGAGGAGAAUCAGGACAAAGGCCCCCUCGAUGCUCAGGACACAUACUCGCAGUAUCUCCCGGAUCGUGACAGUACUCUCUACCUUGAGAGUUGCAGCUUGGAAGCCACUAAUCUUAAGAGUGUCAACAACUGGCUAGCAUCCACUGCUAUCGGAAAGGGCAAGAAUAAGGUGAUCGACACUGCAGUUUCCGAGUUUGUUGCUGCUUGUGCCAAGCUUGACGAUGGUAACAAGAAACCAGUUGACAAAAUCGCAGUGGAAUGGGGUCUCGCAGGUUCUCUCGCUUCUAAGUUGAAUGAGAAAUGCCUCACUCGCUUGAUCGCGGGAGCCCAUUUGCUGGCAAACCACAAGACGAGGACCCAGCGACAGCGAUUUGUUGUCACUUUUCUCCGAUGGUUCUCGUUGAUUCUCCCAAUCCUUUACAUUCUCAUGCCCCACAAGGUGGUCGACAGAUUCAUGUGGGUUCGCUCCCACAUUUUUUCGUGUGCAUUAUUUUCGAACGCUUUGCCUUGCUUUUCCACUGGCAUUUUCGUGCGCAUUCGUGAUCUUCUGGUGCAAUUUCGUGUACCCAAACACUAUCCAUGGUCUUGGCAUCAAACUUCACAUAUGGUUUACCUUCGUGUGUCGGUGAAUCGACCGGCAACCACGGCGACUCUGUAUGUUGGAGCCACCAGGACAACCGUUCCAGGACGAGAAGCCUCCAGACGUCGUAAGUUCAUUCAGUUGGUUAGAAAACGACUGUCAUAUUUUGAGCCUGCACUCAAAGUGUUUCAUCGCCGACGGGACUUUUAUCAAGGUAUUGUGUUGGCCCUGUACCAGGACUCUGACACUCUGUCAUUGCUCGCCACGGAAGCUGCCUUGAUUCGGACACUUAGGCCUGCUUUGAAUCAUCCAUGGGUAUUGGAUCUGUUGAAGUCUCUACGGAUCAAGCAGAACAGAUUCCGCUUGCCUCAAGCCAGAACAGGCCAUCGGUUCACCAAGAAGUGUCAGGCUUUGAUUCGACGUUGUCAUGGACUCUAUCAUCAGCAUCUCUUGAACAACAAGCAAGUGUUUCUCUCCCUCUAUCGUUUGGGCAGUGAUAGCUUGGAGAAAUUUCUGGAAUCCAGGACACUUCGGUCUCAUCGUACACCUUUGCAGGAGCUUUAUCUCAGGUGCAGGUUGGUCAACAUGAUCGACGAACCGUUUAAAACCCGAGCUACUCAGCAGUUGCGAUUGAUCAUGGAGUUCCGACGAGGACACAUGCCGCCCACCAAUGUUCCCCUCCGCCUUCCACCUCUUGCACAUGAUCUUGCCAAGGAAUUCACCUUUGGCCUUCUUGAAUCUCAACGACACCUGUUUUUUGCCCACAGCACAAUGGCGACAGAUUGCGAACAGGGAGAUACAACGAUGGUGCAACAGGACUUUCUCAAAGCAAGACCGAUCAUUGGAUGCGAUCAUUGUUGGCAUUCUCGUUUGACUACCUUUUUGGCCAAGGCGAUCUUUCAGAUCAUGUUGAUUGUUUUUCCGACUGGUUCCACCUUUAAUGUUUUGUCGGUUCAACAAGCAGUUCGCAUGAUGUGGCACUCGAUGAUGGGGUAUUCGGCAGAUGAACCCACCAUCAUGAAGCAACAGGACCUGGUGGGCUUCUUCAAUUCAGUACCACAUGAUCGCAUUCUGCAAUCUUUGCUUUUCGUUCUGCAGCUUCUAGAAGAUCGUUGGCAUAAACCGUGGCAACAGCAAUCCUUGCAGGUUUCGAUUCGCAGCAAGGAUCCCAACUUUCGAGUCUUUCGUGGACGCCGCAGGUUUGCCGCGAGGAACACGAAGACGCUUCCUUUGGAGGACCUGCCUGAGUUAGUUGGGUUUCUACUGCGGUCCAGUUUCUUUCAAUGUGGCAUCCACACCUUCAAGCAGAUUCAAGGAGCCAGCAUGGGAUCGGCACUUGCACCAGUGUUAUGCACUCUGGUCGCUUCGACCACGGAAUUUCUGUGGCUUCGGAAUUUUCGCACCAUUCUGAACAACAUUGGUUUCCAGACUGCCGCUCGAUAUGCGGACAACCGUGUCUUUCAUUUACAUUCAGGCAUUCAAAGAAACCCAUGGCUUCAACUACUUUUUCAUCUUGAAUUUUACGGCUCACCCAUCAUCCUGGAGGACGUGUUGACUGAGACCUUUUUAGGUACCACAUGUUCCAACGUGCAGGGCACCAUCACGGUGGUACAACCCACCGAUGCUUCAACCAUUCGUACGUUGCAGUCAGUUGGAAGGAAAGAACACGUUCUUUUUGGUUUCUCUGCUAGGGUUCGCACGAUCAUUAGACUUUCACGACCGAUGCGCUUGAUUCGGCCACAGGUGGAGGACUUAAUUGAAAUCUACCGGGCCCAAGGCUUCUCACAGAGC